GCAGCGCUGCUCUCUGUCGCAUCCUCGGAUAAGCACUCCGGGCAGAGGGCACGUCUUUGUCUGGGAUCACUUCCAGUGAGAGAGCAGAGCACGCCGAUGAUCUCAGCUCCAUGGUUUUAUUUUAUCCUCUGGAUUAUAGUCUGGGAUGUUGUGGCAGGAUCAGUCAUGGUCGCGUGUUUACAUCGGAACCCAGACCACGGUGGAAGUUAUCCGGAUGACUUGUGACGCGGCGCAAAGCGCGUAAAAUGGCUUGAUUCUAUACUCAAACCAGAUGGGUCCAGUUGGUUUGGCUUUCAAAGCGUUUUAAAGUCUGAACUAUUUCCAUCAAACUAUUUCAUCCCUUUGUCUUGCAGCUGAGCUCUCUCUACGAUAUGUUCUGACAGUGCGUACUUACCGCUUCCCUGCGCCUUUUCCUGAGGCGUCACAGGUAGACAACGUCUACCGACACCUCUACUGAUGACAACAGAUAACCUCACUGCAUAGACUGACAGUUUGUGUUCCAGUAGAGGCUGCAGACUCUUAAGAAGACACGGAGGGCUCCAUCAUGGAUGACACUGGGGGGAUUCAAUUAUGCACGUGGACAAAGUCGUCCAAGAGGGACACCCGGGUAGUCUUGAAAACAUACCUGGGAGUAUUUGUGAUGCUUCAUCUCGUGCUUCACGCGGAAGCCUCUGCGGUGUCGAAGUCCUGCGAUAAAAACUGUUAUUCAGGGAAGUGCAUCAACGGGAGCUGCAUUUGUGACCACGGCUGGGUCGGGGAUCAGUGCCAGCACUGUCAGGGAAGAUUCAAGCUCACAGAUCUGUCAGGCUCUCUCACAGAUGGACCAGCAAACUACAAGUAUAAGACCAAAUGCACCUGGCUUAUAGAGGGAUAUCCAAAUGCAGUGCUCCGCCUGCGCUUCAAUCACUUUGCCACAGAGUGCAGCUGGGACCACAUGUACGUGUAUGAUGGAGACUCCAUUUACGCCCCUUUGAUUGCUGUGUUCAGCGGUCUCAUAGUGCCAGACACUCGGGGUAAUGAGACGGUCCCUGAAGUAGUGACGACGUCCGGCUACGCUCUGCUACAUUUCUUCAGUGAUGCUGCAUACAACCUGACCGGCUUCAACAUCCAAUACUCGAUAAACUCCUGUCCCAACAACUGUUCGGGCCAUGGCAGAUGCAGCACGGCGAACUCUGUCUCGGGUCGUGUGUACUGUGAGUGUGAUGAAUACUGGAAAGGAGAGGCCUGUAACAUCCCCUACUGCAGGGAUAACUGUGGCAGCCCGGAUCAUGGCUACUGUGACCUGACCGGAGAAAAGCUCUGUGUGUGCAACGACAGCUGGCAAGGCCCAGACUGCUCUCUGUCUGUCCCCUCCACUGAAGCCUUCUGGGUGCUUCCCAGCGUCAAACCAUCGGCUCAGUCCCUCGGUCGGGCGUCCCAUCAGGCUCUGGUGCACUCAGGACUGAUGUGGGUGGUAGGAGGCUACUCCUUCAACUACUCCAACUACCACAUGGUCCUCAACUACAACCUGGAGACAAGUACAUGGGAGGUGGUGCCGGUCAGCAGCGGUCCUCUCUACAGAUACGGCCACUCUUUGGCUCUGCACCAGGAGGACAUCUACAUGUUCGGUGGAAAACUGGAGGCCAAAUCUGCCAAUGUGACGGACGAGUUGUGGGUGUUCAACAUCCCCAGGCGGACCUGGUCACUACGCAAACCUGCCCCACCUCCGCCGUAUGCCCUGGAAGGACACACGGCCCAUAUGGUGGAGCUAGCCAAUGGUGAUCCAGUGAUGCUGAUUUUCUUUGGUUACUCUCCAAUCUAUAGCUACAUCAACAAAGUUCAGGAGUACAAUCUCAGGUCAAACUCAUGGCAGGUCAUGUCUGCAGGAGGCGCUGUGGUUCAGGGGGGUUACGGACACAGCAGCGUGUAUGAUGAGGCCAGCGGCUGUGUGUUUCUGCACGGGGGGUACAAGGCGCUCAGCAACAACAAAUACGGCCUGGUGGAUCACAUGUACAGAUACCAUGUACAUACAAAAACCUGGUUGAUCCUCAGGGAGAGUGGUCUGGCGCGGUACCUCCACUCAUCAGUGCUGCUGAGCGGCACAGUGCUGCUGUUUGGGGGAAACACUCACAACGACACAUCGCUAAGCAAUGGAGCCAAAUGUUUCUCUGCUGACUUCAUGGCAUACGACAUCGCGUGCGAUGAGUGGAUCGUUCUUCCCAGACCUGGGCUGCCCCAGGACGUCAACCGCUUUGGUCACUCUGCAGUGGUUAACAAUGGCACCAUGUACAUCUUUGGAGGUUUUUCUGGUGUCCUUCUGAACGACGUCCUGGCCUACACCCCUCCGUCCUGCCUGGCCUUUUCUAACCCUGCAUCAUGUGCUUCUGUUGGACCGGGCCUCCGCUGCCAGUGGGUCAAUGGUAGAUGUGUCCCGUGGGAACGAGAACCACCUGGGAACACUUUUCCUGCUCCUUUUUGCCCCCCAAGACCUGACAGUACAGAUGAGCAGUGUUUCAGGUUCUCAGACUGUGCGAGCUGCACUGCCAACACUCGGGGCUGUCAGUGGUGUGAAGACAGGAAGUGUAUCUCUGCAACCAGCAACUGCACUGUGCUGACUCUGGAGCUGGCCCAGCAGCAUGGUGGUGCUCUGUCUCUGUCUCCUCCACCAUCCAUGUUGUCUGAACAUCAGCUGGGCUUGUGGAAGCACGGAGCCAGAAGGAGGGGACAUUCUGUGACAGACCCAUCCAGGUGUAAGCGCAGGGAGGAGCAGGAGUGUUUCAGACUGGCCAACUGCAGGAGCUGCUCCCUUAACCUCAACUGUCAGUGGGAGGUACAGCAGCAGGAGUGUCAAGCUCUGCCUGGCCAGCUGUGUGGAGAGGGUUGGCACCAUGUCGGGGAGGUCUGCCUGAGGAUCAACUCCAGCAGGGAGAGCUAUGAUAACGCCCAGCACUACUGCAAAAACCUAGGAGGAAAUAUUGCCUCUUUGGUCACAGACAAACAGGUCAGCUUUGUUCUGGAGGAGCUACAGAAAUACCAGCUGCAAGACAAGCAGAGGUUAUCCCCAUGGGUCGGCUUGAGGAAGAUCAACGUGUCGUACUGGGGCUGGGAGGACGCAUCACCAUUCACCAACACCAGUCUGAGAUGGUUACCAGGGGAGCCCAGUGACUCCGGUUUCUGUGCCUACCUGGAGCGUGCACAGGUGUCCGGUCUCAAAGCAAACCCCUGCACAGCCACUACAGAUGGGCUGAUCUGUGAAAAACCUGCAGGAAGUCCACAAAGUCAGAGUGCUCGUCCCUGCAAGACUCCGUGCUCUCUGAGAACCAACUGUGCAAACUGUACCAGCCAGGCCAUGGAGUGUAUGUGGUGUGGUAGCACGCAACGCUGUGUUGACUCCUCAGCAUAUGUCAUCUCUUUCCCGUACGGACAGUGUCUGGAGUGGCAGACCCAGGACUGUGCUGCUCAGAACUGCUCCGGUCUGAGGACUUGUGCUGACUGUUUGGAGAGGGCCGAGUGCGGAUGGUGUGGCGACCCCAGUAACACCGGCAGGGGCGUUUGCAUGGAGGGAUCUUACCGAGGCCCUAUGAAGCCUGCUGGUGUCAGAACUGGACCACGAGAUCGAGACAGACUUAGGGAAAAGGACAUGGUGCUGGACCAGAGUCUCUGUUCAUCUGAUAGAGGCUAUAACUGGGCCUUCAUCCAGUGUCCUGCAUGUCAGUGUAACGGUCACAGCAGGUGUGUGAACAGCAGCGUGUGUGAGCACUGUGGGAAUCUGACUGCAGGAACACACUGCCAGAACUGCAUGCCUGGUUACUAUGGCGACCCCAUCAAUGGAGGAAAGUGCAAUGCCUGCAAGUGUAACAGCCAUGCCAACGUGUGCCAUGUCAACAGUGGAAAAUGCUUCUGCACCACAAAAGGCAUUAAAGGAGAGCAGUGUCAGCUAUGUGACUCAGAGAACCGUUACCUUGGUAACCCCCUCAGAGGAACAUGCUAUUACAACCUGUUGAUCGAUUACCAGUUUACAUUCAGUUUGCUUCAGGAAGACGACCGCUACUACACUGCCAUCAACUUCAUGGCUACACCUGAACAGGCCAACAAGAACCUGGACAUGUCCAUCAAUGCCUCAAACAACUUCAACCUCAACAUCACCUGGUCCUUUAGCUCAACAGCUGGCACCAUCUCAGGUGAGGAGAUGCCCAUCAUAGCGAGAACCAACAUCAAGGAGCACCGCGACAGUUUCUCAUGUGAGAAGUUCAACUUCAGGCUCCACCACAACAUCACCUUCUACGUCUAUGUUACCAACUUCAGCUGGCCAAUAAAGAUCCAGAUUGCUUUCUCUCAGCACAACAGCAUCAUGGACCUGGUGCAGUUCUUUGUCACUUUCUUCAGCUGUUUCCUGUCUCUGUUACUGGUGGCUGCUGUGGUUUGGAAAAUCAAACAGACCUGCUGGGCCUCACGGCGCAGAGAGCAGCUGAUGAGAGAGCGACAACAGAUGGCGAGUCGUCCCUUUGCUUCGGUAGCAGUAGCACUGGAGGUGGGCAGAGACCAAGAGGAGCUGCUACAGACAGUGCCCAAGCCCAUAGCCAUGGAGCCGUGCUGGGGGAGCAGAGCAGGUGUUCUGACGGUGCUGCUGUAUCUGCCAAGACUCCCGUCUGGAGUACCUCCACCAGGACAGUCUGGUAUUGCAAUAGCUAGUGCUCUGGUAGACACGUCACAACAGAGGAUGGAUUUCAAAGAAAGAGGCCUUGGUCUGAAGCACCGAAAAAACACUGUGCACCACCAAGGGACCUGUGUAUGAACAGGAAGGCCUUUAAAAGGUGACAACAUAUCUUCUGUUCCCUCCAGAGGAAGGCUACAGGAGAUAUUCUCAUCACCCUUCAACAAAGGGAUAUGUUAACCAACACAAAGCAUGGAAAAACAAGGAUCAUCUUUGUUUCUGGCUCUGAUGGAAAGGUAAUAAAUCCACUGUUUCAUCAAUAGUUGGAAAAGUGUGGAAAUUAUCUGGACCCUUCUCUCUGGAUCAGAUGGAGAGCUUCGUAAACAUAAUAUUUUUCCCCUGAGGAAACAUUUUGGUGCUGAUGAGCCAGGCAAACAAAAAACAAAUGGAAAAACCUGCAGAUGGAUGAUGAUGAUACAUCUAUCCGGAACAGCUUUGGUCUGAAUUUGCUAAGAGAGCUGGCAGACGUUUCCUCCUCCAUGCCAUGUGGUUUCCAGGUCUCCAGGGCUCUACUUGUCUGUCUGUCAUAGUCGGCCAUAUUGACAGAGAAAAACACUUGUUUUACCAUAAUAACCAAACUAAAUGGCUCCAAGCUCCUGGGAAAGACAUUGAGAAGAAUUAACUGAAAUGAAAUGAGGUCCUCCUGACUUAAGAACCCACUUGGACUGAGGUUCAAAAUAGACCUAACUAGAUGAAUGGCUCACCUUGUAGUGGGUGAAGAUAUGUGGUGAGGAAGAAAGUCUCCUCUGGGCCAUUCAAAGACUGUUACUGUUAAGAUGUCAAAAAACUGCAUCCAGCUGAGGAUGCAGCUGUUGAAAAGCAUCAUUUUAAAUACUUUUACUUCUUACUCUGCCCUGUCCAGACAUUUGAAGUUUUACAUUUUGAAGCUCAGGUGCUCCGUAAUGAAAAAGGAUCCAUGAUGUGUAGCUUUGGGCCUUUUACAUGUCUGUAUAUGCACUAUAAGUACAAUGCUUUACCAGUACAUUAGAUCCCUCUGUGGGGUUAAAUUAUGCAACUUAACAUCUGAAUGCAACCUGUAUCCUGGGCUGUGGUUUUACCUGAAGGUUGGUAUCAUUGAAUGCAUACUACUGAUGUGAUUCAAACUUUAUUCAUUCAUUUAUUACUGUGAAGCUACUCUACAUCCUUUCUCAUGAUCUCCAGUAAAUUACAUGCCUGGUUACUCGUGAAACACAAACUUAACUGACCAUGUUUUCUUAUUUUUAUUUAUUAAAUAUGCAAAUUUUGUUUAACCAUAUUAUAGAACUUUUUACAGAUUCACCUAGGAUUUUUAAAAUUUGUUUUUACAAGUAAUUCUGUGCAGUGUUUCCGUACUUUGCUGAUACCCUUUGUGUCUUUGAAAGGCUUAGUAUGCGACAGUCUGAAAAAAAAAAUCUAGUAGAGAGUAUACUUUCUUUGAAUAUACAGUGCCUAUUAAAAGGUAUUCACCCCUUUGGAUUUUUACCCUCAUUGAUUUCAUUUCAGCCAUAAGGGUCAAUAUAAUUUGGCUUUUUUGAAAAAUAAAUUUACAAAAAAACUGUUGUAUGUCAAUUAAAUAAAAACAUGUAAGGUAAGAUAAGUGACUAUAGAAAUGACCCCAACAAGUCAGUAUCUAGUGGCUACAAACACAGAACUGAGUCUGUGUACGCUGCAGUUGUACUCCAUUUUUCUUUGAAUAACUGCUCAUACUUUGUCAGACUGCACAGGAAUCAUGUGUGAACAGCCCUGUUCAAGUCCACCCACAAAUUCUCGAAUGGAUUGAGAUCUGGGCUUUGACUCGGCCACUCCAGAACAUUCACCUUGUUGAAUUAAAACCAUUGCUGAAUAGCUUUCGUUGUAUUCUUCAGGUCAUUGUCUAGCUGAAAAUAAAUCUUCUCCCAAGCCGUAGUUCUCUUAGAGACUGAAUAAGAAUGCCCUCCAGGAUUUUCCUUUUUUGCUGCAUUCAUUUUACCCUUCAG